CCGUCUCCUGGUUGAAUUCCUCUGUUACACGAGGCAGAGCAGGAACACACAUCUGAUCCACCACUUUGUGCCUCUCCGCCUUCUCCAGCCGGGACUCUCUGAUGCCUGGGAAACCCUCGUGGAAGUCGCCCUCCUUCAGGCUCCGGACAGAAGGAGGCGUAGUUGGAGGAGGAAAAGAACAGGUAGUGGUGGAAGAAGAAAAGCAGGUGACAGGAAGGAAAAGGAGGGAAAACAAAAGAAGCAAAGGGGGACGUCCCAUCGGCGAGAGGGAACCGGUCGAGCAGGCGGGUGUGUUCACGAGCCCGAGGGAGUGUCCAUCUGUUCCUGAGUCGGAGUGAGACGCUGCGGAGGACGAGUGCCUGAAGAAGACGGAGAGACAAGAACCAACAUGGCUGUGAACAAGUGCAUCAAGUAUCUGCUCUUCUUCUUCAACCUGCUCUUCUGGCUGAGCGGUUGCAUCAUCCUGGGCGUGUCCAUCUACUUGAAAGUGAAUAAAGAUGGAAACCAGAUCACCAGCGAGUCUCUGCCCGGCGUCGACCUGAUGAUCGCCAUCGGCGUCAUCAUCAUGAUUCUGGGCUUCCUGGGCUGCUGCGGCGCCAUCAGGGAGAACCGCUGCAUGUUGCUGCUGUUCUUCAUCUUCCUCCUGCUCAUCUUCAUCCUCCUGCUGGCGGCGGGCAUCCUGGGAGCCGUGGGCGAGUCGAAGGUGAAGGACUGGGUGAAGGAGCGUCUGGAGAAGUUCACCCCGCUCUCGAAACAACCGGUGGAAGUGAGAGAGGACUUGGAGAAACUGCAGCGCGAGUUGAAGUGUUGUGGUCUGGUGAACGGACCGUCGGACUGGGAAAAGGUUCCCGACUCCUGUCGCUGCAACAGCUCCGACCCAGACUGCAAGUCCUCCGCCGUCUACAGCGAACCCUGCUCCGUCAAGAUCAUCAGUCUGAUGGAGAAACACAUGGAGAUCGUCCUGGGGAUCGCCUUCGCCAUCGCCAUCCUGCUGAUUUUCGGGAUGGUCUUCUCCAUGAUCCUCUACUGUCAGAUCGGCAGGAAGGAGAGCGGCGCCACCACGACCAGCGCCUGAGGCCCCGCCCCCCUGCCCCAACCCCCUCCCUCCCCUCGCUGCCCUUCACCGUCCAAUCAGCAGUGACCGAACUCCCCGAGCAACAUCUACCUAACCUCAGUGCUUCUGUGAUUUCCCCCGUGCUUUUAUUGUGAAGGAACACAAACGACAUGUUUAUUCAUAAUACACAACCUGUUCAACAUAUCUGUACAUUAUUAACAUAUUAAUAUAUAUUGUUGAUUUUACUCAAUCAAACACGAUAUCCGUGUUCUUUAAACUUCAUACUUUACAGAAAACUGACCACGAACAAAGACGAUCGAUGUUUCAACUCACUCGACCUCAAAGAACAAAAUCUAGAAAAAUGUUUGUAAAAAAACAACAAAAACUUCAUAUUAUCUUUAUUUGUAUGGAAGCCCAUUACUGCCAGAAAAUAUAAAAUAUUUAUAAUGAUAUACAAAUAAGUAAAUUGAUUUAAUAUAAUAUACAAUUGGUCAGGUAAUAACUCACCAUCCGACAGUGUAUGAAAAAGAUUCUUACAUUUUGACAUGACACCUAUGAGUAAUUUUAGAAAUAUCUUGUUUUAUAUAUAUGUAUAUGUAUUUGUUAAUAUUUAUUUUUUGCGUAGGAAUGGGCUUCCAUACACACUGCUAUAACUGUCUGUGCAUAUUUCAGAAUAUUCCUCAGGACUAUGGAAGUUUUGUGCAUGUGCUAUAAUAACAAUAUUAUCAUGAUUAAACAAUAAGCCUCCGAUUUCACGUUGUUAUAGAAUAUGAAUAACUGUUAUUGUUUUUAUUAUAGACGUUAACAGGUGGUGGUUGAAUCUUGUGGAAAAAAACUUGAUUUCUUUUGUUUCUUUGCAUCUGAAUGUUGCGUUUAUGAAUGAAUUAUUAAUUUUUUUUCCUGCCACUGGUCGAAAAUGUAAAGGAUGUUUUUAUUUUUGGUGAAUUUCUUUUUUAUCACUGAACUCUGUGAAAUAAAAGAGUCAUAUGCUCCAUGGGGUCGUUCUCCAACGUCUCUCACUGGGGAUGACAACAUUGACUUUCCCAUAA